AUGGCGGAUAACUCUCCUCAAGACCCUGCCGCGACGGCUACCACUCAGCCUGAGGGCCACUUGGAAGUUGAUGAUGACUUGGGUGCCAAUGAUUCACUUUAUCAAUCAACAUAUGAAAAUGGACGUCGAUAUCAUGCAUUCCGAGAAGGCACCUAUCCCGUGCCCAACGAUGAAGAUGAGCAAGAUCGUAUGGACCUCGUCCAUCACGUAUAUAGUAUCCUUCUCGACGGAAAGCUCCACCUUGCCCCGAUUGGCGCGAACCCUCAGCGUGUACUUGACCUCGGCACAGGGACUGGUAUCUGGGCGAUAGAUUUCGCAGAUGAGCAUCCUUCGGCAGAAGUUAUAGGAAAUGAUCUCAGUCCGAUCCAACCAGAAUGGAAUCCACCAAACUGCACCUUUGAGGUAGAUGACUUCGAGGACGAGUGGCUGUACCGCUCAGAAUUUGACUUUGUUCACGCCCGCGAGUUGGAAGCGUGUGUAGGCGACGAGGACCUUAUGCUCCAGCGAGCUUUCAGACACAUACGCUCCAACGGUUAUAUCGAACUACAAGGCGUAGACGCGCGUUUUGAGUCCGAUGACGGAACGCUCGACAAAGCGCCCAGUGCCAAAUCGUGGAUGAAGCACCUAAUCGAAGCUUGCGCCAAGUUUGGCAAGCCUGUUGACUGUGCGGACAAAUGGAAGGACAGGUUGAUUAAGGCAGGGUUUGUGGAUGUUCAGCAAGAUGUCCGAAAGUUGCCUAUCGGGCCUUGGCCGAAGGAUCCAAAGCUUAAGGAACUUGGUCGGUAUCAAGCUAUCCAAGAGUCAAAGGUUAUCGACUCGUACACGCCUAAACUGUUUGAGUAUGCGCUUGGUUGGAGUGCGGAGGAGAUCCAGGUGUUGAUGGCGCAGGUUAAGAAUGAGCUGAGAAACCCGGGUAUUCAUCUUUAUCUCCCUGUCUAUUUUGUUUGGGGCAGAAAACCUUAG